CUCUCUCUCUCUCCCCCCUAGCCCAAGCCGACAGACGCCUCAACUGCCACUGUCCUCUCCGCCUUUUCCUUUCUCCCCUGAGCGGCUCCACUCACUGCUCUGCUCUGCCAGUUUUUAUCUCUGCCUGCCUCACUGCCUGCCCCCUGCCUCCACUAAAAAGGGGGGCUUCCGAUUAGAAGACGAGACGACGUCGAGACCCCCCCGACGAGAAGACGCGCCUAUCUAGCCCAGCCGCCCAAUUUGGCAACACCAACAUAUACUUGCUCCAGCCGAGUCGACUCGAUCGUUGCUGGCUUGGCGUUGGCGAUGAGGGACGCUGUGGCCGUGGCGGUGGCGGUGCCCGGCGUCGGCGGGAGGGCCGGGGGAGGAGGCGGAGCGGCAUCGUCGGCGUCGGCGCCGUGUGCGGCGUGCAAGCUGCUGCGGCGCCGGUGCGCGGCCGGCUGCGUCUUCGCGCCCUACUUCCCGCCCGGGGAGCCGCACAAGUUCGCCAACGUGCACAAGGUCUUCGGGGCCAGCAAUGUCAGCAAGCUGCUCCAGGAGAUCCCGGUGCAGCACCGAGGGGACGCGGUGAGCAGCCUGGUGUACGAGGCGAACGCGCGGGUGCGGGACCCGGUGUACGGCUGCGUGGGCGCCAUCUCGUCGCUGCAGCAGCAGGUGGAGGCGCUCCAGGCGCAGCUGGCGCUGGCGCAGGCCGAGAUGGUCAGGCUCAAGAUGAGCAACGACUACAUCGUGCACCGCCUCAAGGCCGCCUCGCGCGGCGGAGGGGGGAGCAGCUACGCCGGCUCGCCGUCGUCCAUGUCCUCGCCCAAGACGGCGGAGCCGGAGGCGCACUGCAAGGCCACGCCGGAGCUGCUGGACAUGGUCGUGGACCAGCCCGGCAUGGACGACGCCCAGUUCUGGUCCUACUAGGAUUGGACUUUGGAGGCAGCAGCAGCUGACUCUGAGUCUCUGACUGCAUCAGGUGCUUCAUUCUGGGGUCAGGUCAAGCUAGGUUCUUUACUUUUUAGCUGAUUUUAGCGUGUGAUCAGGUGCGGUUUUUGAGUCACAGAUGAUGGUGGUCUGGUUAGUGGUUGGUAUAUAGUGGAGUAUCAUCAGGUAUAUAUGGUGCGCGCGCGCUGUAACAGCGUGACACUAGGAGGAAGGUGGGCGUAGUCGAGGCCUUCUCCAAUUACCUUCUUCUAGUAUGUCCAGGGCUCCUUGUUUUUUGGCUGUCCUUCCAUGAGGAGGUGGAACACUGUUACAGAUAUUGGUGGGCACCGUGCUAUGCGUUGCAAGAACCUUUCGCUUGCUCGUAGCAUUUGCUUGGUUAAACAGGUGAACUCUGCCAUGGAAAAUGCAGAUUUUAGUAUCUAUGCUUGUCCUGGUGUUCA